UCGGUGACGAGUUCCCUGACACUCGCCGUUGAACGCAUCCCUGGACUGGUUCCUCGCUCAGAGCUGGGUUCUCUGCUGCUGUGUCUUUUGUAACGUCAACCGUUGAGCGGUACCCCUUCCUCUCCUUACGAUUCGGUUUUACGGCAUCAUGAGUCAAGUAUUCGCAGUCUAUCGUUAUUUCGUCUUCGCUCUCUUCAUCGCCUGCAAUAUCGGCAUUUUGGUAGUAGCGGCUAGGGGCAUACCGCUCGCGCUCGCUCUGGGGGAUGGCUCCAUGGUUGAGGUUGACGCGUUCUUGCUUGCGCUGGGCAGUGUGGGAUUGGCUUUCACGUUUCCAAUCCUCCUCGUCGAUGCAUUGCGCAAGCAAACCGUUAUUCGACACGUCUGGUUCGAGUGCUUCUGGGUCGGAAUCUUCUGCCUGUUGCAAUUAUCGAGUGCCGGUGUUGUCACGCUCACCGUGUCGGGUGUGGACUCCUGUGUCGUAGGAAUGACCAAGAAGGGCAGAAUCGUUCUCGGCCCUUGCGUGGACUCCCCGCUCCUGAUGGCAUUCACAUGGGCCGCUGCCGCUGACUGCUUGGUCUACCUCUUGGCGUUGACUGUUAUCGCCUUCAUACAUCAACGCGAUGACCCUCUCAUCUGGAAGGCUUACGUCUCCCAGUACUCCUGGUUCGCUGUCCGUCGCUCCCUUGGCAGCGAACCGCCGACCCCUUCGCUGCCGGUGCAGUCCGUUCCGAAGUCAGGUCAAUCGGAGUUUUCAAAUCGGAUGGUGGCCGUGAGACGCGACACCGACCCAGAGAAGCAGGCCCCUGCUACCUCUCUGCUGGCGCCGCCUCAGUCUGCUCGGCGCCCUGGCCUCGAGAAGUCGCAGAAGUCGCCGUCAUGGGCGCCCCGCCAGCUGCAGUUAUCGGCCAGCGUUCCUCUGUCGCCGAAAACUGCAAAAGCCAUCCAGUCGCGUCGCGCGGAAACGCCCCCAGGUGUCCCCGUCAAUCGCACCUACGUUCCGGCGACACGUCCAAGGGAAUCCAAGAAGGUCCUCCGGCUGCACAGGCCGCCCUCAUUGGACUUGUCUCGUAUCUCUCCCCCGCGGUAACACUCGCGUCUGAGGAUACCAGCACGUACCUUCUUCAUUCCCCUCGGGGCUUCCGGUGUCCUUUAGUGGGUAUGGGAGAUGGGCAGAAUGGAACAGACGUGCUGGUUAUGCGCAGCUCUGCUUGGUUGUGCUCACGACUGUUCACGACUUCAUGCCCACGACCGAUUGGUCGGCGAAUGACCGCUUGUCGCUGGCCGCGACGAGCAUUUCGAAUGACUGUAGCCGUAGACCAGUAUUGUAGCAUACCUCUAAUGUGAGAAGUUACUUGCAGUUUAAUUUAUUCUUUCGGGUUCGGUUGGGUGUCCUCACAAGACGCUCAGCCAUGACCACUUUGAUGUAUACCCUA